GUUUUCCCUGGUACCUCACGCCCUUGCUUUUAUUUUUUCUUCAAUGUAUUUUAUUUUAGCUUGGGGAAUUUCCUGUAUACUACCGUCCUCCAGAGGAACAUAGGUUUUAUUGUAACACCGUGUUGUUGUUGUUGUUGUUGUUGUUGCUGCUGCUGUUUUUUUCUCGCCCCUGGUUCAGCUGAUAUUGUUUCUGAACACAAGGGGGCGGUAAUAGAGUAAUUAUAUGUUUGACAAACACCGAGUUACAGAAAGAAGAAGACAUGAGAUAAACAUGGAGCAACGUGAAUCUUUAAAACGACAAAUAGAUCUUCUACAGAAUCUCAUCGAUAAGCAUAAAAGUGUCCAUGGCAACACGCCGAGACUGCCAGAAGGCUCAUCGUCAUCCAAAUCGAAGACCCAAAGCACUUCUAUCAUUAACGCGCACAGCUCACGUGCUCUUCCGAGUCAUGGUAACUGGAGGAAAAAAUACUCCCUCAAAAAUAAGCACCAUGUAUCCACUCUUUCAUCAUCCUCCCCACAACAACCUCCACACAUUCAAGUUUCAUCUCACAAUGCACAGACUGGUGAAAAAAGUGGUUCAUCCAAACCCUACACUUCAGUUAUUGUGCCACACAAGAAAGAAGAACAAAAAGAAAGUGUUAUUACAGGGAUUCCAAAUUUUGUAUCAGAAAGAAGAGAUUCAUUUAAAAAAGUGGCUACCGUACCACAAUCAGUCCUUUUAGAGAAACGUACUCAACAUCAAAAGCAUCAACAGAGGGCUGCAGAAACUGUUGGAGUUCCACUAACAAAAUCGAGUUGUUCAUCAGAAAGCUGCUCUUCAGGCAAAGCCAGUUCUUCGACCCAGUACUCGGGCAACACGGGACAGGUUGUCCCAGAUGCAAGUUCAGCACCUCGGUUUUCACCUUUUAAGAUCCCAAAUCAAGCUUUGAACGACCACCUUCAGACAUGCCAGGCCACGCGCAGGGUAAUGCUUCGAACCAAAUCCAAGUUCACUUGGGUUAAGAGUCAGAGCAUUGAAGGCGUGGAACCCAAACCGAGCGGCUCAAUUUCCUCAUUCGCAAGUAAAGUUCUAAAAGUCAACUCAACAUUGGCCGCUCAAGAUGGAGCAAUGACCCUUUCAUCCGCAGUUAUUAGGAGAACCCCUGCAAAAAAGUCCCGCAAACUCAGUCCAAUCAUCACAGGCUCCAGGGCGUCCAAGUACAAAUGGGUUUCCUCCUCUGCUGGGCUCCAAGCUAAGACUUUUAGAAAAUCGUCUCCUAAAUCUUUGCCCAACGAUCAGAGAACUCUGGAAAAGGAAGAUGCAAUGAAGAAACAAAAAUCUGGCUCUGUGAUAUCUCCGAGAUUGAAAAGAGGAUUUGUAACUUCCGCUACUCGUUCAUCAUUUAGUAGAUAUCGCUGGAAGGCUGGUAGUCCCAGGUCUUCUUUAGCUGGGGCAGCCGUGCCCCUCCAUAGAUCAACAUUUGUUUGGACAUCGGAAAAAAACAACAAGGGAGCAAAAAAGGGGCUUGUUUGUUCUCCCUUACCGCAGUCUUACUCCAGCCAAUCACCUCACAAUUCAUUCAAACUUCGCAGCAGGAUGAAGAUCAUCAGGAAAUCGACUAAUAGUCCAAAUGGAAGCGGGUCAAUUAAAGGAGGCCUAGCAACGACUGUGAAACACUCCCCAAGGGGCCGAAUACACAGCUUCAAUAGGGCUUCUAUGGGAGCACGGAAGACGCCCACUAGGGAGCUUGUGUCUUUUGGGAGACACAAGUUAAGACGACUCUCUCCUACUUCAUCGAGAGCAAGUCCAGCCUUUUCCUUUCACCGUACUCCAGCUCUGCAGAGAAUUUGUAGACCACAAUACAAGAUGGUUAGCCAUCCAGGCUUUGGUUCUUCGUAUAGUCCUCUCUACCACCCAACUCUGUCCUGGAGAGCCAAGAAAAUCCAGUCAGCUAGGAGUUUUCUCCAGAGUCGUCACAGGUCAUCUCUCAAUAGAUAUCCAGAAACUACUCAACACUGGAAAGAAUCUGGGAUGUGUUGGAUUAGGGGUAAUCUUUACCAAGUCUCUGCCAAUAAACUGUCCCGUACAGUCUGUCACAACAUGUCGAUCAACCGAACAGGAAGAGGUUCUAGCUUUUUCCAAGUCUCAUCUGUCCAUUCUGCUACCAAUCGCCCCUAUAGCCCUCGUCAUUUUGCCAGCCGUGCAGUUCAGCGCAGUCUUGCCAUCAUCAGACAAGCUCGUCAAAAGAAGCAGAGGCAGUACUGCAUGUACUACAACCGUUUUGGCAAAUGCAAUCGUGGCAGCAGCUGUCCCUACAUUCAUGAUCCAGACAAAGUUGCGGUUUGUACAAGAUUUCUACGUGGUACGUGCAAACAGCCAGAUGGGGCCUGUCCAUUUUCUCAUAAGGUUUCCAAGGAGAAGAUGCCAGUUUGCUCAUACUUCCUCAAGGGAAUCUGCAACAACAGCAAUUGUCCAUACAGUCAUGUCUAUGUUUCCCAGAAGGCAAAAGUCUGUGAAGACUUUGUGAAAGGCUACUGCCCCGAAGGGGAAAAGUGUAAGAAGAAACACACCUUAGUGUGUCCGGACUUCUCUAAGACUGGUUCUUGCCCUCGCGGAACACGCUGUAAGUUGCAGCACAGGCAGCGUGCCAAGCGAAGUACAUCCACCCAUGUGAGCGCCUGUAGCAGUGAACGCCCCAAGAGGGCCCGUCUGUCAGUUGUAAUUCCCCAAAGAACUCAGGAAACUCCAGGAACACCUGCAAAAAGUUCCCUCGAGCUACCAUCCUUUAUCUCACUCUCAAGCUCUCCCGAAGAGGUAGAUUCACCAGACCCGCUACAUGCCAAGACCACAGCAGUCAAAGAGAGAAACCUGCAGAUAAAACCUCGGUUAUAGACCACAAAGACAAGCAACACUGCUGGAGGGAAAAAUAUAUAAUGUUUUUUUGUUUUGUUUUUUAAACAUGACAGAUGAAGCCUUUUUGGGCUAGUUUCCAGUUGUAAAAGUCUUCUACAUUUCUAAUAUAUUUUAUUAACCAUUUAUAGAUGCAAUUUGACCACUCAGGUUUUCAACAUUUUGAUGAUAGUUGAGUUUACGAGUUUAAAUUUUAAAGACUUUUGUUUUGAUGAAGAUGAGUGUGUAAGUGUUGUGUGCAUUUCUAAAGUCUGUUGUGACUCCAUCUAUACACUAGAUAGCGGUGAGUAUUUUCGACUCUAUGAUGUUUCAACCUAUUCUGUGUUUUUAUAGAAGCCACCAACAUUUAUUGGGAAUGCUAGAAAUACUUACAUCAGUCAUUUGUUAGCUUUGUCUUGUAUAACAAUGUUUUUUGCAGUGUUCCUUUUUGUAUUUUUAUUGUACUCAUUUAUCUUGACUUGCUGUAUUUUGACGUGUAUUAAAAUUGUUUACGAUUCUACUGGUGUGAAA